AUGGUGUCUCCCAUGCCUCCCGCACCGACACCCCCUGGUGGCAGUAUGCCCUCCAACGGCGAUCGCAGCAACAAUUUGCUGAAUUUGCUCAAGUUCAGCGGUGUCGGAAGUGCGUCGGCUGCGCAGGCUCGCCAGGAAGGCUAUCAGCAGCAGCAACAGCAGCAGCAACAGUCUCCCCAGCAGCAGCAAGCCCAGCAGCACCACUACCAACAAUCACCGCAGCAGCAGCAGCAUCACCAGCAUCAACAGUUGCAGCAUCAGCCCCACCAGUCCCAGCCUCAGCCUCAUCAGCAAGGCCGUGACUCGUCCUCGACGAUGCCUUCGUCCAUUCCGACGCAGAUCGUCGCACCCGCCCGCGCCCCGGCCGACCCUACCGGCCUGCUCGCCGCUCUGAUGAAAGGAGCUCACGAUGGCGAGGAGUCGCGUUCCGAGCCGCCUCAAAACGGCUCCUUCUCGACUUUUGGCGCAUCGUCGCCCCCCGACGAUACGCGCGCCUAUCUCUUGAACUUGCUGAACCGUCCGAAGCCCAGUCAGAAUGACUUGCUUCUAUCCGAGUCCACCCGUUCCAACCCCCCUCAGGCGGGCGAAAACAUCCUUCACAGGGUGCUUGCUGAAGCUGGCCAAGCUCCCAACUUGUCCCACAUGGCUUCCAACUCGUUCGAGUACGACCCCAACAGCUACGCUCAAUCGAGCGGCAACUAUGGCGCCUACUCGUUCCCUUCCACCCAAGAUUCGAACCUCCACGUCGCCCAGCACCAGCACCAGAACCAGCAGCAGUAUGGCUACAAUGCCAACCACAACGGCAGCAGCUUCGACGAGUCUCAAAUCACUUCGCCACACAACAGAACUCCCAAGACGGGUUCAAUCUCGGGAAUUGCCCCAGCUCAGUCGUCUGGCCAGUCACCUGCUGGUCCGGCUUUCCAGAUCCUCAAAAAGGCUCACGACUCGCCGAGCUCUCACCAUUCCCAUCACUCCCAUCACUCCCAUCACGGAAGCGAGUCUAAGCGCAUCGUCAACGAGCACCGCAGCCCUCUGGCCAGCCCCGAGCGCCUUCGUCACAGCUUCGGCCACGGUUCUUCUCCUGCAGACAAGCUUGCUAAUCCUACGCCUGGCUCCACUGCCUCGUAUGCGAGCAUCCCUGCCGAGAAGAACAAGGAGACGGUUUCCGAGGCAAUCCACGAUAUUGCCCAGCAAGCCGACUACGAGGCCCAGCAAGCUCUGGCCCGCGCUGAGGAAGAGCAGUCGCGGCCAGAGUACCUGCAGGAUCUCGAAGAUAUGGACACCGCCCGUACCGAGAGGGAGUUCGAGGAGAGCGCCCAUCAUGCUGCUCAAGCCAUCAAGAAGGAGCUCGAACGCGAGGAGAAUAGAGACCUCCUCGAAAAGGUUGUCUCCGCCGAGGUGGCUGAGGAGGUUCGCGAGAUCAUCGAGGAGGCUGCGAGCCAUGCCGUCGCCGACAGUUGGGAGAGCGCCGACCAGGACGAGAUUGUGGUGAUCGAGGAGGAAACUCCCGCUCCCGUAAAGGUCUUCAACUUCCCAAUGAAGCCUUGGAUCUCAAUUGCUCUGCAGGACAGCGCUACCGAGCCUCGACCCCAGUUCAGAGACGAUGCCAUCAUGGACAUUGCCCGUCUCAAGAAAGAGUUCGACCAAAUUGACCGCAAUCUCUACACGGCCACCGAGAACUACAUGGCGUACGGCAUGUCCAAGGCUGGUGGUCUCCGUGUCAUCAGGCAAGACGACGGCAAGGACGCCAAGAUCUUUACCGACACCAAGGACCGCAUCUUCAAUGUUGCCAUGUCCGUCACUCCCACUGACCACACCGGCAUCCACCGCGAGGCCAUCAUUGGUACUGGCAUCACUGGCACUGUCUACUGGGUUCAGAUCAAGAGCGGCGAGAAAGACCACAUUGAGGAUGCCCACCCCGAGCAGUACGGCUUCGCUUUGCCCCCCAUGGCUUCCCACGAAGGUGGCGAUGCUCCUGGCGGCGUUCUCAAGACCCGUGCCCGCACGUCCACCAUCCACCCCGAGUUCUUCGCCGUUGGCCGCGGCAAGUCCAUCAACAUCAUCUGGCCCACAUACAUCAUGCAGAACAACCUGUUCAAGCCUGGCCACGACCGCGUCGUCGACACGGAGAGAUUGGCUAAGCAGUGCUCGUUGAAGAUCAACACCGGUAAGGCCGGUAAAGACUUCACGUUCAGUCAGGACGAUAGCGUGAUAGUGUCUCUUGACAAGUCUGGACGUGUCAAGUUCUGGGACGUCCGUGACCUGACUGCCGCCAAGGAGGGCAGCGAUCCUCGUGCGCCCAUUCCCGCACACACCUCACUGGAGGUGAAGGAACCUCUCAUGACCCUCACCAGCACUCCCGAGGGCGAGAAGGCGUGGCCUACAUCUGUUCUGCUGGUCGACAAGCUUCGCCCGUACCAAAAGCGCUGCGCUCUGCGUUAUAUGAUCAUUGGAAUGAAGCAGAACCACACUCUGCAGCUCUGGGAUCUUGCGCUCGGCAAACCUGUCCAAGAGUUCAACCUUCCCCACACCAAGGAGUCUGACGCUGUUUGCAGUGUCAUGUACCACCCUCCUACCGGCAUGCUGGUGAUCGGGCACCCGACCCGCAACUCCAUCUACUUUGCGCAUCUUUCGGCUCCUAAGUACAACUUGAAGAGCGUUUCGCAGGUGGACUACAUCCAGCGCCUGGUUGCCCAGGACACCACCAUCCCCGCGCCCGACUCGACUGCCGUUAUCAGCGGCGUUCGUGAAUACUCGUUUGCAAACCGUGGCAUCCUGCGUAGUCUCGACAUCCUCUGCAACCCUGCUAUGGCUCAAGAAACCGACGAGCCUACUCUGUUUGAACUCUAUGCCAUGCAUUCCAAGGGAGUCGCAUGCCUUUUGAUCAAGCAGGCUGAGCUCGGCUGGACCAAGGAUAACAAGGUCCUGGCACCCGUUGACGCAGUUGACGCUGGUGUUGUUACUAUUUCGAAGCUCAAGCCCCCCGCCAGCCAGCCCGCUGAGCCCAACCACCAGAAUGCCGAAGGCACCCACCCCUCGGCUCGCAACAUUGCCAAGGACUCCCUUCUGCAGACCACACCUUCUCACGAUGACAACACUCCCCGUCGCGGUCCCGAGUCUGUCACGCCGGUCAAGAUCGCCAAGGCGGAGCCAAAGGAGGAGGAGACGCCAGUUCCUGCUCCCGCCCCUGUCAAGGAGGAGAAGCAGGAGCGCAAGAGCCGCAAGAAGAAGGCAGCCGCAGCAGCCGCAGCGGCGGCCGCUGCUGCCGGCAACGAGCAAACGAACGGCUCGUCCCGUGUUGGUCCUUCCAACAACAACAACAAUUCCAAUUCCAAGGACUCGGGUAAAUCUUCCGGCAACAACUCCAACUCGAACUCCAUCACCCAAGAGUCUGUCGAAUCAGCAAUCAGCAGCAUGGAGACUCGCCUCCAGAAUGGAUUCAACAACUUGCUCAACUCAUCGUUCAAGACGCUCCACGGCCGCAUUGACGAGGGCCUGCGUGCUCGCGAGGCCGACUUCGACGACCGCCAGCUCAAGCUCCUGAACAUGGUCUCGGAGGUCCUCAACGAGAACACCCAAAAGGUUCUCGAGGCCCUCAUCCAGGAACAGUUCAGCAACGCGGUUAUUCCCGCUAUUGCUGAUGUCGCCGGCAAGGCUGUUUCUGACCAGUUCACCAAGAGCAUGAACAACCAAGUCUCGCACUCCGUUCAGAAGGAAAUUCACAAGGCCCUUCCUUCCGCGACUCAGCACGCGCUGCAGAAUGGCGACUUUGUGAAGGCCAUCUCGGAUAGAGUCGGAGCCACGGUGGCGGCCAACGUCCAGCAAGAGGUCGUCAACACUUUGACCUCUCGCCUGGCUCCCUCCUUCACCAACAUGGCGACCCAGGCUUGCCAGCGAGUGGUCGGUGAACUCCAGAAGCAGCACCGCACUGAGAUGGAGACUCUCAACGCCCAGCGCCUCGCCGAGAGCAACAAGGUUGAUCAACUUUCUGCCAUCGUGACUCGUCUUACUGGCACGAUCUCGAGCAUGGCGGCGUCCCAGGAGCAAUUCCAGAACGAGUUCCUCAAGUUCCAGCAGCAGAUGAUCCGUGUUCAGGCUCAAGCCCAGCAGCAACAGCAGCAGCAGCAGCAGCAGCCUCAACAGGUGCCGCAUCACCAGCAGGCCCCCUCUUACGCCCCUUCUGUUGUUAGCCAAGUUCCCAGCCAGGUUCCUAGCCACAUGCAGAGUCAGGCCUACAGCAACCUGCAGAGUCCUGACAGGGCUUCGCAGCACUCCAUGAGCUACAGCGGCCACUCUCAGGCUCUCACGGUGGCCAAGUCCAACAAUGAGUACGAUGCCGAUCUCCAAGCCCGCAUUGCUGUCGUCAACCAGCCGAUGAAGGAAGGCAGAGCCGAGGAGGCUGUCGUUCGCUGGAUGCAAUCUGGCCGUGAGCAGGAAGUGUUUGAAAAGUACAUGUCCAAGUACAGCCCCGAAUUCGUCCGCAACCUGCCGCACCUCGUCCUCUUAACCGUGACUGCCACGGUCAGUCUCAACCUGGAGUCAUACACUCGUGAGAGAAUCGCCUGGCUCGAAAUGGUUGUGCACAGCCUCCAGGUCUCGCUCGGCGAAAUGGAUGGUGACGCUCGUGCGGUUACACCAAAGAUUAUGGGUAUGCUGGUGGCCCGCGUCGAGGGUCUCUUCGUUCGCAUCAGCAGCACGUCGGGCAACGACCCGGUUCUCAAGAACCUCUCGCAGAUUAUUGUCAACGCGAAGCGGGUGAUUGACGCGUGCCAGGACGAGCAGCAGUAUGCUUGA